AUGAAAUUAAAUAUUUCGUGUGCAACUAAAGUUUAUCCUAUAGAGGUUGACGUUGAAGAACUUUCAAAUAACGUGGCUGAAAGUGAAGCUACUUCAGCUCAAGAGGAUAGCACUAUUAGCACGAGUACAGUAGAUGCAGGAAAGAUCUCAACGUUUGGAUCACUCAAACAGCAAAUUUGUUCAUUGUGCAAUAUUAGUCCAACUGCUUUAAAAAUCGUUCACAGAGGACGCAUUUUGAUGGGUGAUAAUUCCACUCCACUGUCAUCUUUUAAUUUUAAAGAAAAUGAUAAAUUGUUGAUUCUUGGCAAACCACCGGCAACGGCAACAGAUAUUGGAUGGAAGCUUUUGGUUGAUUUUGAGCGGAAGCAUGCUAUGGAUAUAUCUAAAACGUAUGCAAGGAACGAAAAUGAUCUGACCCAGUUGGAGAAGAACUUCUUAAAAGAUCCUGAGAGGCGAGGAUACAUCAAGGGAAUGGAUAAACGCCUGAAAGGAUACACUGAAAAUUGUAUGAAACUCUUAGAAACACUUGACAGUUUGCAGAUCAAUAAUGAUAAUACCGACGAAGAACAAGUUCAACGAAAUCGUGAGAAGCGAAAAUUUCUGGUGGAUGGAUUGCAAGAUGCACUGAAUAAGAAUGAUAAACUGGUGGCACGGCUAACUGAUUAUUUAAAUCGAUGCGAACAUCCCGAAGAUGCUUUAUAG